AUGCCGUGUUCAAAGUAAUUUCCGCGAAAUGCAAAAUGGUCUCUGACCCUCCAAAAUUUAGUUAUCUUUCUCUUUCUCUGACAGCUAUUUUGAAUUUCGCGGAAUCACUUUGAACACGGCAUGAAAUUGAAUAAAUAGAGCAUAUGGCAGUUACAAUUCAUGAGCCUUUCAUUUCAAAAAAAAAAAAACUAGAAAUUCCACGUUCUCAGCCUUAAACCUCAAUACCUUUUUUUCACAUUAUCAGAUUAAACAAUUUUGAAAAAAAUAGUUAACUAAAAUUGUAACUGAACAAAAAAAUUUUUUGUGCCAUCGAGCGCGUUUGCUUGUGUAAGCGCGAAAUACUGUAGGAAACCGAUCUUAUUCAGAUCAGACUUGUUUUAUUUUGAUAAAAAUGAUAAGAAUAACUAAAAAUAUUCUGAAGUUUUUUCAGGUACACUGGCCAGGAAUCUGACGUAAUAAACCUUGGUUCGUACAAUUAUUUGGGCUUUUCACACAACGAUGGAACUUGUGCCGAAGAGGCAGCGGCCUACAUCGAUAAGUAUGGAGUACACUGUGGCGGAAACCGCCAUGAGUCUGGUACUAUUUGUCGGCCGAUUUUCAAAGUUCAACGGUUUUCGUAGGGGCACACAAAGCACAUGAGAACUUGGAAAAGUGCGUCGCUCGGUACCUCGGUGCAGAUGACGCGAUUUGCUUUCCGAUGGGCUUCGCAACGAAUGCCAUGAACAUUCCGUCGCUUGUUGAUAAGGUGAGUACUUUACUCGAGAAAAGUGUGGAAGGUGUUGGACAGAGGGAAAAAGUGUAUUUCAACUUUUUUUUUCAUAAGUGAAAAACAUAUUUUUCUUUUCUCUUGGAAGCACUUCAAUGACUUCUUCGCGCCUCUUGCUGGCCUAAAAGUUUUCAAAAAAUCACAAAAAUAUAUUUGAAAUCCCUUGUUCUCAUUCGAACUUUCAGGGCUCUUUGAUUCUCAGUGACUCUUUGAACCAUUCCUCUCUCGUUCUCGGCUGCCGACUCUCGGGGGCCGUUAUAAAAGUCUUCAAACAUAAUAGUAAUUUCAUGUAGCUUUAAACUUUCAUCAUAACCUAACUUUUAAGGUGCGGCCGAUUGUGAACGAAAACUGCGUGAUGCUCUGUGUAGCACUAGUCCGAAGACGGGAAAGCCUUAUAAUAAGAUUCUCAUAAUUAUUGAGGGCAUUUAUAGGUCAGCUUUUUUUGAAAUAUUGAUUUUUAACGAUUCGUUUCAGCAUGGAAGGCACGAUAGUUGAUUUAAAAGCGUUUAUCGAAGUGAAAAAGAAGUAUAACGCAUAUCUUUUCUUGGAUGAAGCCCAUAGCGUCGGUUCGUGCUCUCAUCUACUUUUUUUUUGAAGAUUAUAGUUUUCAGGAGCACUCGGACCUACAGGAAAAGGCGUCGUUGAGUAUUGGGGAUGUAAUCCGAAAGACGUCGACAUUUUGAUGGGAACACUGACCAAAAGUUUCGCUUCAGCUGGCGGUUACAUGGCCGGAAAAAAGGUAAUCAAUGAAGGUCAUAAUUUUGAUUCUUGUUCGAAUUCAGGAAGUCAUCAACCACAUAAGAAUUCACUCAGCGGGCCCUUGUUAUGGAGCAACUAUGUCGCCUCCUUUGGUCGCUCAGGUGGAAAGCGCCAUGAAGGUAGGCAAUAUUUUAGAAGACAGAGUUAUAACUAGGAGAAUCUCCUGAAAAUUAAACGAAGAUUCGCGGAUAGUUUAUAAAAAUCAGGUUUUAGCUGAUAUUUCUCAUCUUCUUAUUGAGCAUAAUUUUUGAAAACCAGUAAAAGCCUUUUUCGAGCAUUUUUCUGAUGCUUAUCUUGACUCAAGUCCUUCGAAGGUCAUCCUUAUAUGUGGAAAGGAGCAAAAAUGAAAUUCGCUAUUAAAGAAAGAUUUUCUGUAGUUUGAGCAAAAAAAAAAGCCCGCGAGUCUUAUAGCUCAAAAAAGAACUUUUAAGAUAAUGCUCGGCGAAGAUGGAACUGAGACGGGAUCGCAGAAGGCAGUUCAACUGCUGCGCAAUUCGCGAUACUUCAGACGCCGACUGAAGCAGAUGGGCUUCAUGAUCUACGGCCACGACGACAGUCCCGUCGUCCCUCUCAUGACCUUCUACAUCACGAAAGUCGUGUAAGUCCUCCCCUAACCGUGGUUUCAUCGAAAGUUUCUGUUCAGAGAGUUCUCGCGACGGAUUUUGCGGCAUAACAUCGGACUCGUCGCCGUCGGAUAUCCGGCGACGCCUCUCACCAAGGCUCGGGUCAGAUUCUGCCUCAGCGCUGAUCAUACGCGAGAACAGCUCGAUUAUGUCAGUUUUUCCUCCUUUUUUUCGUUAGUUUCAGCCGCUUUUCGGAUUUUUGCGAUCAAUAAAAACUCAAAGUUAGCGAUCAAUUACUUGUUCUGUCAUUUUCAAGUUCUCACAUUUCUGUAACUAUGAAGGAAUGAAUAGUUGGAGCUUUGAAAAUUCAAUAUUUUUUUUAUCUUUUUUCAACUUUUCUGAAUUUUUUUAGUUUAUAUAUUUAUUUUUUUGUAGGUUUUGGAUGCGUUGAGAGUCGUUGGAGAGGAGAUUCACGUCAUUUAUGGAAAUCCCGAGAACGACGCGAAAUACAUAGAAUAUUGA